GCACGCUUCCCUCGCUGAGGCCGAGCUCGCCGUCUUCUUCCGCAACAACCACUUUGCAACCAUCACGAAGCACGGCGGCGAGCUCUACCUCCUCGCCACCGACGUCGGCUUCGCGCGCGAGCCGCUCGUCGUGCUCAACCAGAUCGACGGCGACUCGACGCUCUGCACGAGCGAGUUCGAGCGCGUCGAGGAGUCGCUCACCACCACCGCCACCGAGGAGGCGGCCGCCGCCGCAAUCGCCGCCGACAUCGCCGAGGCGGAGGCGCGCGAGGCGGCGGGCUUGGGCCCAGCGCAGGACGAGGCGUCCGACAUGGCUCUGGCGAUCCAGCUGCAGCGGGAGGAGGAGGAGCAGGCGCAGCUGGCCGAGCAGCAGAUGCAGCAGAUGCAGCUCCAGCGGGAGCAGGCGCUGGCGGCGCAGCAGGGCUAUGGCCCUGCGGGACCCGCGCCGGCGUACCCUGGCCAGCCGUACAGGCAACAGCAGCAGCAGCAGCAACCGCCGCAGCAGCAGCAACGCGGGAAUUGCUUGCUGCAGUGA